AUUGAUUUACCGCAGUUUCUCGGCAUUGUCGGUACUACAUCGACAUAUGCUUUUAUAACGCACUGAAGCGGCAUACUUCGCCCGAAUGACGUGGAGCUUCUUCACAGCCAAAACUGUUCCGAGCGGCUGCUACCCGUUUUUUGUCACACUGGCGCAAAAACCCACUGUUCGUUGUUCCACGCUUCGCUUGCGACCAAGGCCGCACCUCGACCAGAGUGGUUUCAAUACGCGCGCAUUCGCGUGCAGGCGAAAAUGACUGCAGAGACACAAAGCGCUUGGCUAUCUGCCAAAAAAGCGCUGCUGCUUGGGCUAAUCGCUGGCCUGCGGGAGAUAAUUAGGUAGGCGGCGAACGAGGAUGGGGCAACCGCGAUGCAAGAGCUCCGCACGACAACGCACUGGCGGAUUGUGCGUUGCACCUUGACCUGGCCGCUUGCGAGUCGUCGUUAUGGUGUCCCAAGUAGCACAUGCACAGCACCAAAUCCUGGAGAGGGUGAAAAAUGACAGGGUGAUAGUGACCGGCCCGGAGGAAGACCGUCGCCGGAGAACCAUCAUCGUGGAAAGACGCAAGGGCUCCUUUGGAUUUACACUGCAGACGUAUGGCAUCCACCACAAGCGAGAUGGAGAAAUUGAACUCAUCACAUACGUCGACUAUGUUGAGUAUGAUGGGCCAGCCUUCCGUGCAGGGAUGCGUCCAGGAGAUGUGAUCCUUUCGAUAAACGGACAUGACAUGGAGCAUGUGGAUCACAAGAGCCUUGUGCGCUUCAUCCAAGGUUGUGCAUCCACCAUGCGUAUGGUAGUUCUCUUUGAGGACUGCGUGCACAAGGUGGAGCUGCACAUCCGUUACCUGCGCCUGCAGCGAGUCCUCCAGGAUAAGAUCACGGAGCUGAAAGGACUCUGUGAAAAGGAGCGGCAGAUGCUGGACAGCUGGCGUGAGAGGGGCAUUCAUGUGCCAGCAGUUGCGACCUGCAAUGGCACGCAGCAGCCAAGAGACUCCAGUGGCCAGCCCGCAUCUCAUUCAUCCUGGCAGCGUGAAGAUGAUGCUCUUACAUCAGCCACGCGCAUCCUGUCUUCGUCUCUAUGGAACAGACACAGCUUCAAGAUCUCUUCUAUGCGCUCUGACCGCAGUUUCAAUCAGCUGGCACCCACUGCUACGGAAGGGGCAAGUUCAGCAACCUCUACGACGCAUGCAUCGCCUGUCUCGCAGCAGAAGCAAUUUGCGACGCUCCCCAAGGCCUCUUCGGCUGCUGCCCGCCGUCAGGCAUCGCGUAGUCUUCCGGCCAGCACUGUCCCCACGCCCAAGGGGUCCUGGGAUGGGCUCGAGUCGCGUUGCAGCACGGAUUUCUCACGCUGCACGGGCCUUUCGGAGAGCACAGAUUUCUCCGAAGCCGGCAGUGUUGAGUCGCGUCUUUCACCUUCGCACCUCUCGGAUCAUGAGGAGAAAAUUCCGCUCGCCGUUCCACCUCCCCCUUCCACGUCCACUGCAGCCAGUGCUAAUUCGGUGCCACCCAGAGCAGAUGGCUUAGAUCGCGAUGAAGUAACGAGGCUGUGAAAUUGUUUCUAUCUACUUUAAUUUGACAAAAACUAAUGCUGUGUUGUGCAGUUUUCGCAGCAGUAGUCAUUUCAGCGAGGGUGUGGUUUUCCAGCCUCUGCAGCAAUUGUUUUAGCGUUCAUUUUUCCUACAUUUUCAUUCUCUGUUUGUGGUCAGUGAUGAUGAACUUCUAUUGUAGCUUGGCUUCUAUAUGCGAUGGCUCAUUAUAUAAGAUGUCACGAAAAUGCUGAGCGUGCAAGGACUUGAAUAACACUGUAAGUCAGAAUCGGAGAUGACUGGUUAUGCUGUGGAUGUGAUCACAUUUUUAGUCAUUUCACUUGUACUCACUAAUCUAUUAGCAGUCAAACCACUGGCACUUACCUGAACAUUGUUUUUUUAUUAGCUUUAGGAGAGACCAUUGUGAUAAAUAUAAACUGCAUUGAGACUGGUUACCAGUCCCUGAGCUCUUUCAGUAGGCGCUUAAUCAAGUUGCAGCUGCAGUAUCAGAACUUAAGACUUAACCUUGAUGACUUUGCAAAGUUUAAUCCUUUGGGCUCUCAAGUAACAGUAAAUGUUUGACUAAGCAGGAAACAUGAACGAGGUUUUCUUUUUUUUAAACACAGGGAACAUUCAGAACUUUCAACCUCACUUUUUCUAGUUCAUCCUAGUCUGGUAACAUGCUUAUAGUUUUUUACAUUUAUAUAUCUUUUCUUUUUAUGUCCAACAGACGUAUUGAAUAUGAACAAAAUAGUGUGCUCCAUGAAUUUUGACCACGAACUUAGUUAAUGUAACGAAUUUGCACCCAUACAACAAAGUGCACAUUUUUUUGUGCCUCUCUCGUAUAGUGCACUUCAAUGCACUAUCUGUACAUAGUUAAAGUUGCCAACAUAUUCCAGUAGCUUGUUGAUAUUAAAGUAUACUACUACGUAUAGCAUGACUGAUGCCACUUUCAUUUAUUCAUUGUAUGCUCCUUUGGGGAGAUAAAUGACUACAUUGUUCACAUUUAACCAUGCAACUGUCUGUGAACUUUUUUCUUGUAAUGAACAGUGCAAGGUAAUCUUGAAAAAUACAAACUCUCACACUAGGCACCAAGAUCUCAAAUGAAGGUAGAAAUCAAAUGUGUAAUGUUGUAUACAAUGUUUGUUUACCCUUAUUGCAUAUAUAAUGCUGAUCUCUUAACAGUACUACUCACUAGCAUUCACUGCACCUUGCAGAGUGUUAACAGUUUUAGGAGUAAUCAUUCUUGAAUUUUCUUCAUCCCACAUGCUUGAGUGCUUAUUUUGAGUAAAGUGUACUUCUCUUUUUUGGCUUCUGGAGCAGCUCUGCUGUUCUUUCAUAAUGAUAUGAUUGCUGUUUAUCUGCCUUUUACUUAACUUUUUUUUUUUUCAUGCUUUCUCUCUGAGUACUAUCAGCACAUGAAGAGGCUGCUUGUUUUCGUGUCAAUUUUAGUCGGAACGACACUUACUUUGGUUGUUUGCUACACAUCAUCAAUGCAUCACCAGCUCCAAGUCACAAUGUAUAUUAUUUUACCAGCUGCCUUGAGUCAUGCUUUGCGGGGAAUUGUUGAGUUUGUUGAAUGCUACUAUAUACUGCAAGAUUUACAUCAACAAAUUAUUGUGAUGUCACAGAAAUUGCAAGUCUAGUUGCCAUGUGCUAGCGGUUAUAGUACAGCAUGUAGAUGCACUUCUUUCAUUGGAAGUUGGUUGGCGCGUUGCCAUAUUAUGCACAUCACUUCUGCGCUCUUUGCUUCUUUGGAACAAACCAGUGCUAGUGCAUUGAUGGAAAUGGGGUUGGCAGUUCGCUGCCAGAGUGGCAUUAAUUUUUUACAUUCAGCUUGUUUUUAAGCAUGCACAACCUUUUCUUUCACCUGGUGCUAGCUUGUAAAAGAAGCCCCACAGUCUUGUUUGGUGGCACAGUGGCCAACUUGGCAGCAUGUCAUUCAUUGGAGCUUUCUUAAGCUCUGCUAGCUUAGCAUCAAUCUCACACCGUUGCUUUUGUCAUGUUUUGUUUAUCAAAUCUUAUCACAUUACAGUGCACUUUGAUUAAAUGCACUGUGCGCACAACUUGGGUGUUCAAUUUUUGAACAUUUUCUUAAUAACUCACCUCAUUUUUACUUCGAAGUAGCUGCUCCCAUGUUAGCUGGAUAUUUUGCAAGAUUUGCAGCGUUGCUAUUGUCAGGAAUCAAAAUAUGUGAACUUGGUGACUUUUUUGCUUGGUUCAUCUUGUACUUUGGCCUGUGCCUCUCAUGAACUCGGAUAGUGUGCACGUCACUGCGAUGUCAUCAGAGCUUUGUGUUGGGCCCUGCUGUUUUUUCUAUAAGAGUGGUAGUUGUAUGUUUGCUAGAGAGAUUAGCGUGUGCUUAGGUUUUUAUCAUUUUCUCCCAUGUGAUAUGAGACAUAUACAUAUCUAUUUACAUUUGAGUUCAUAUUUAUAUUAGGAUUUUUUAAAGGAGCUUAUUUUGUGUAUCAUCUUGUCACGUCUGAUUGGCCACAAUUUUUUGCAUGACCUUGUUUGUACUGUGUUGUGACAAGCUGGUAUGGUUUUCUUGGAAUUGUCCUGCCAGCGCAAGUUGCGGUGAUUCCUGUUCAAUCUGCUUGCUUCAUUAUUUGUAUUCUCACGCAUUUGAUUUGGUGCUUGAUGCUUAAUUUUCAUGGCUCUGUAUACUACUGCUAAAGCAUAUUGUUAGGUUUUUUUUGUCUUCUUUUCUACAUUUUUUUUCUCGCGUUUGUAUGUGCGAAAAGUAUCUAGUCUUGCAUUGCUAGUAAUGUUUUCCUGGUAACACUAGAAGCAUUCUUGGCUGUUGUUACAUUAAUAUUACCUUAAUGUAAUGUUGUGUGGAAAAGCUUUAACAGGUGUGGGUUCUGUGCAAGAAAUGAAUUCCCAUACAUUUUGUACCUGCAGCUUGGUAAAACGCUUUCCAUGCUGCAUACGUCCGCUGUAGAAAUGCACAGCUCUUGCUAAGAUCCCACACCCUGUAAACUUUUGAUUUCAAUUGUACAUGACAACAGACAGAAUAGCUGUUUAUCGGUGCUGUUUUCUUCAAUGCCCAUUCCAAAGACGGAAUGUUAAAGCUGGUCAGAGGUUGUUGGAGAUAGUAUCUCACUCAAAGCAAAUGCUAAGAGGGAAACAAGGAAAUUGCCUGUGUGAUGCAAGUGCUUGUUUCAUUACUGGCAUUCCAAGUAGGAUACCAUGGCUGCAUAUUGCUGCUACCUUUGAUGUUGAAGUCUGGAUGUGUUACCCCUGAUGGUGGAAAUAAGGUCACAGAUAAUGUGUAUAGUACUUGCAAUGUGUACUGAUGCUGAGCACAUCUUUUUAGUUUUGUUAAUACCUACUAUUAAUAAACAAUACUGGAAACA